GGGAGGUCCGCGCAAGCGCGUUGGGUCUCCUCGAGGCCCCGCCCCCUGAAGCUCGUUAAGGCGUCGGAGGCCAGAGUAAGGAGCGCGGCUGGACGACGGGAAGAGUUGGGAUGGCCACCGGCUGGGGGAGCCUCUUGCAGGAUGAACAGCAGCUGGAGGAGCUAGCAAGGCAGGCUGUGGACCGGGCCCUGGCUGAGGGUGUGUUGCUGAGGACCUCACAGGCACCCAGCUCCUCCGAUGUGGUGAGCUAUGCUCCUUUCACACUCUUCCCUUCCCGGGUCCCGAGUGCCCUGCUGGAGCAGGCCUAUGCAGUGCAGGCGGACUUCAACCUGCUGGUGGAUGCGGUCAGCCAGAACGCUGUCUUUCUGGAGCGGACUCUCUCCAGCACCAUCAAAAGGGACAACUUUACUGCUCGUCUCUUUGCCAUCCACAAGCAAGUCCUAAAAGAAGGCAUUGCCCAGACCGUGUUCCUGGGCUUGAAUCGCUCAGACUACAUGUUCCAAUGCAACCCAGAUGGCUCCGCAGCCCUGAAACAGAUUGAAAUCAACACCAUCUCUGCCAGCUUUGGGGGCCUAGCUUCCCGGACCCCAGCUGUGCAUCGACAUGUUCUCAGUGUCCUGGGUAAGACCAAAGAAGCUGCCAAGAUCCUCUCCAAUAAUCCAAGCAAGGGACUGGCCAUGGGGAUUGCCAAAGCCUGGGAGCUCUACGGCUCAGCCAAUGCUCAGGUGCUACUGAUUGCUCAAGAGAAGGAAAGGAACAUAUUUGACCAGCGUGCCAUAGAGAAUGAGCUACUGGCCAGGAAUAUCCAUGUAAUCCGACGAAGGUUCGAAGAUGUCUCUGAAAAGGGGUCUCUAGACCAAGACCGAAGACUAUUUAUGGACGGCCAGGAGAUUGCUGUGGUUUACUUCCGGGAUGGCUACAUGCCAAGUCAUUACAGUCUACAGAACUGGGAAGCACGCCUGCUCCUGGAGAGGUCAUGUGCUGUCAAGUGCCCGGACAUUGCCACCCAGCUGGCCGGGACCAAGAAGGUGCAGCAGGAGCUGAGCAGAGUGGGCGUGCUGGAGUCCUUGCUCCCCGGGCAGCCUGAGGCUGUGGCCCGCCUCCGAGCCACCUUUGCUGGCCUCUACUCACUAGACCUGGGUGAAGAAGGGGACCAGGCUAUCACCAAGGCCAUUGCUGCCCCUAGCAGCUUCGUGCUAAAGCCUCAGAGAGAGGGUGGAGGUAACAACCUAUACGGGGAGGAGAUGGUACAAUCCCUGGAGCGGCUGAAGGACAGUGAGGAGAGAGCCUCCUACAUCCUCAUGGAGAAGAUCGAACCCGAACCUUUUAAGAAUUGUCUACUGCGACCCGGCAGCCCUGCCCGAGUGGUCCAGUGCAUUUCAGAGCUGGGCAUUUUCGGGGUCUAUGUCAGGGAGGGAAAGACACUUGUGAUGAACAAGCACGUGGGACAUCUGCUUCGAACCAAAGCCAUUGAGCAUGCAGAUGGUGGUGUGGCAGCUGGAGUGGCAGUCCUGGACAACCCAUACCCUGUGUGAGAGCACAGCCAGGCCUGCCCGGACUUCACUCAAAAGACCUUCCAUGCUUUGUACUGAUUAUUCCUCACCUGCCCUCCUGAGGGGCUGCCCUCCCCUUACCUUGGGAAGGCUGGUCUCUCAGGAAGGGCAAAUGCUGGGUAUCUUUCCCCCCCCACCCCCUGCCCCCAGCUUUCCCUUCUGAGAACCAGAAAAGCUGUGUUUCUCCUAGAUGCGAUCUAGAUGGCCCUAAAACCUCAGGGUGUAGAUACAGCUGAAAGGAAACUGAUUUGAGGUCAGGGUCCAUAACCUUGCCACUCUCCUGUUAGCCCCUUCUCAGCCUUUCCAGCAGGUUCUGGACUUGGGCUAGGACUGAGGGGUGGGAGGGAAAGGGUGGGGGCACAGCCUUUCCCCACCUCUGCCUUAAAUAAAACUACUUUGCUGAU